GGAAGUAUAAAAGAGAGAGUUUCCCAAAGAGGGUCUCUGGUGGGAGCUGCGGCGCGUUGGGGCUGCGCUGGAACAUACGAUGCUCUGGCCAAGCCUGUGACUUCAUCUCUGCUUGAAACGAGACCAUGGGCGGUGGCAAGCGGUUACAGAUCACCCUUGUUUUCAACCUUCUUCUAAUUUUUCAGUUCUGCACUGGGAACGUCACCUACGACUAUGACUCCAACACCACCAUCGACUACAACCUGUUUGAGACCCUGUGCGAGAAGGAGGAAGUCCGUAACUUCCGCGCUGCCUUCCUCCCAGCCAUGUACUCCCUCAUCUGCUUCACAGGGCUGCUGGGGAACGGGCUGGUGAUGCUCACCUACAUCUACUUCAAGAGGCUGAAGACCAUGACAGACAUCUAUUUGCUGAACCUGGCUCUGGCAGACAUCCUCUUCCUGCUGACCCUCCCCUUUUGGGCCACAAGCGCAGCCAUGCACUGGCUUUUUGGGGAGUUUGCCUGCAAAGCCGUCUACUGCAUCUGCAAAAUGAGUUUCUUCAGCGGCAUGCUGCUCCUCCUGUCCAUCAGCAUCGACAGGUACUUUGCCAUCGUUCAGGCUGCCUCAGCCCACCGCUUCCGUCCCCGGAUGAUAUUCAUUAGCAAGGUCACAUGCGUCCUGAUUUGGCUCCUGGCCUUCAUCCUCUCGAUCCCUGAGCUGGUUCACAGUGGUGUAAAUAACUUGGAAGAACAUCCCCGUUGUUCCAUCAUCGCUAACGACUUGCAGACCUUCAACACUGGCAUCAAAGUGUCCCAAAUGGUUUUUGGCUUCUUAAUUCCCCUACUGGUCAUGUCUGUCUGCUACCUCAUCAUCAUCAAAACAUUACUCCAGGCCCGCAACUUUGAGAAGAAUAAAGCCAUCAAAGUCAUCAUCGCCGUGGUAAUUGUCUUCGUUGUCUUCCAGCUGCCCUACAACAGCGUCAUGCUGGCCAAGACCAUCUCAGCCUUCAACCACACCAGCUCAUGCGAGGAGAGCAAGAAGCUUGACAUGGCGGAUGACGUGACCUACACUCUGGCCUGCUUCCGAUGCUGCCUCAAUCCUUUCCUCUACGCCUUCAUCGGCGUCAAAUUCCGCAACGACCUCUUCAAGCUUCUGAAGGAGCUGGGCUGCCUGAGCCAGGAGCGCCUCUGGCAGCUCUCCACCUGCCGCGAGAGCAAGAGGUUCUCCUUUGCCAUGGAGACAGAGACAACCACCACCUUCUCCCCAUGAGCCGAGCUCCAGGCAGGCUUUGACCAAGCUGGAAUAGUUUUGUACACUUUCUCUAUUCUGAAUUAUUGGUAGAGCGAGACCUGCCACUACCAUAGGAAAAGCAACCGUAAGAGGAAAACCCAGGAGCCUCCCCGUAUUUCAGGCAACGCGCACUGCUAGCCAAUACUCCUGUGGAUGGCGAGACUCCAAUAAAGCUGUGACUAAAGCAAAGCAAGGGAGAAGGUGACCAGUGAGUCUAGAAUUUAUCAUGUUAUUUCACCUUUAUUUUAGUCUUUCCUAGUCAAAACAAGAAACGCUCAAAAUAGAACAUUUUCCCUAAAAGCGACAAAUACCAAGAGAAACAGACAUUUGUGCAACAGAAUUGCUUGUUUUAGAGCUGAACUUCCGAGACCAUCGUCCUUGCUUUGAAUGUUGCUUUUAACAAGACUACAUAUUGCUCUUCCGUACCUACAGAAACGAUGCCUGUUGCACCGAUUCAGUCUUCAAGACAAAACAGCACCAGCAGCCUCAGGCUCCAAGCUUAAUCCAAUACGCAACAUAAGCCGUGAAGUAUCCUGGCACACAACACUCUGCUCUGCCUUCCCCCAUGAAGUGAGAAAUUUCCGUAACUAAUAUUAAAUCUAGACGUAUGAGAUGCAUAAUUUCAAUAACUUUGUAUAUUAUGGCGGCAACUCAUACGUUUGUCAGGAAAAGUACAAAUUCCACUUCAUUUCUGCCUGUAUCUGGUGUUUCACCUAUAAAGAAGGUGCAUCCUAAGGAGCGCAGGUUGUUCCGUCCCAACAUUGACUUGAAUUCUUUAGAAAUGCUGCUCCCCUCUGGAAAGAAGGUCUCCUUUAGCUUCUGAAAGGACAUCUGCCCGCACAAGGCCGACGCAGGGGUACCUAGCACAGUUUAGAUUCAAACUUUUUUGCACAAAGACAAAUCAGUUGCAAACAACCAACAUCCUUCCAGUCACCAAGCCCAUGGGCCAACCACUUCAGCCUGCCAGGAUCUGAAGCUUGCUUGUACUUAGCUCUGUCGGCUGCUGCGGACACGGUCUGCUGACUUUCACAGAUGCCUGGGGGCCUUCUGCGCUAUUGCUUGCUGACCUCAAGAGAUAAAAACGAAUGUGGGUUUUCUUCUCCCUUCCCAAUCAACGUGUCUUUCUCGAAGGACUUCAGCAGCUGGCUUUUCAGUCAGAUAUGUAUUUCACUUAUAAGCUAUUGGAAACGUGUUUUGUAUUCGUACUGUCAGUGCUGAUAAAGAUGCCAUUCGCUGCAGUUUGAUGUUAAUGCAAAGGACAGUCACGUGUUGAAGAUUACUGCCAGGGUCACGUACUUGAAAGGAACAUGGCAGCUGAACAACAGAUUACUGUCAUGUAAAAUAAGACCUUGAAAAGAAGCCCAGAAUGUCAUGCCAGUUGGUGCAUUUACUAGAAGAGCAAAGAUUCCUACCGACAGAUGAAUACCCUGGGAACUGCUGUCAUGGGACAUCUGAGUGUCAACUGGGGAGGGGUUGCUGCAAUUGUCUGUGCAUCUGGUACUGACUGGCGUGCUCCCACCCCCGCAGCGCAGAGCCAGAUGCCAGCGGUGAAAGGUCUUGGCCAGGAGCCGCUCCGGGUGCUGGGCAGGAGCGGGCUAACUCAGCCGGGACACGGCACCUCACCCUCCAGAGAGCACCUGAACGACUCGCUGGAGACUUUAAGGCGUGUUCCCGUGAACGUACAGCGCAAAACACACUUACUAAAAAGACAUUUAUACUUUUUUUCAAUAUCACACGUGGAUCCAUUAGGAGUGAUACAGGGAACAACUGUCUGGAUCAUAGGUCAAAAAACAUUGCUUUAGAGACCCGAGAAUUAAAAUCAGCCUUCCAAGGAAAGAAUUCAAUUAGCUGGUUUUGAGACAAUGUUGCCAGCUAUAUAGCUGCCUGCCACCACAACUAAAUACAUUCUUCUUCAUCAGCCAUUUGGCUCUGGGGUAUGGGAUUUUGCCAAGAGCUGGGAUUCAGGAAGAAAGCAUGUUCUGCUCCGCAUUACCCGUCUACGCUGAAGUACAAUCCCAUCCAACUGUUUAACGCGUUUUCUUUUCUAACGCCCAUGUAACGUGUACAGAAGUGCUGCUUCUCUGUCAUUUGAAAUGGGGGGUUACGACUGACACUCAGUAGUCAUUUGUUCUCGGUUUGUUCCUAUAGUCCUUCCGCUGGCAAGACACUCAGCUAAGGAGAACUUUGCCAGAGCAAGGAGUACCCAUAACACGGGGUCUUUUUAGUUUUCUUCAACAGUAACAAUAUAUUCUUAAUGUAUAUUCAUAUAUGUAAAGCUGCUUUACAGAGAAAAAGUUAAAUAUGUAUGUGAAUGUACCCUGAAAAUACACUGCUUUAACUAAAACUUUUUAUGCAAAAUACAUUCACCUAACUUAUUCUAGCGAGGAAAAUUGCUCCACCAAAACAUGCAGUUGUACUUGUCUCUUGUUUGAUAAACUCCCCUUCCACAAACUGAGAAGUCUUCAGGUGUUUAUUGACGAGGUGUAUUCUAAAUAGGAAAACACGCAGCUGCUUCUACAGGAAUGAGAGACCAAAAGCAUCACCUGGGACAGCUGCGUCUGGUGCCAUCUCAAUGAGACAGCAGUGACUUCAGAGUGCAUAGCUUUUUUAUUUUUCAGAAAUUUAAUGGGCAGAAGAAAUUUGCCACUUGUUGAGAUGAAUCAUGUUAACAUUGGCCUAAGAUCCGAACUUGAGAUUCCCCACUGAAGUCUGAAAACUGAUUGUAUUUUGCUAUUUGUGGAAAAUAAAUUAUAACAAUUUUUAAAAAUACCUUUGUUUUUCCAUUGUAUUUCCUCCACAGGAUGUAUCGUAAUAGUUGGUAUCAU